CGGGCGGUGCUUGCUGGCAGAAAUAUUCACGACCCGUCAGCUCCCGCGCACUCACCCAGAUCCGCGCGUCGCAAUCGCAUUACCGGCAGAACCUUAGUCGAGUCGCUCUCCCCAAUCCGACAUCCAUAUCACCUACUAUCACUCACAAUGGCUUUCCCCGGAGGUGGUCAAAUGCCGCCGCAGGUGCCACAAGGCGAAGUCCCCGGCGGCGCAGCGGCCGGCCUGGGACCCCCGGACCCUGAGAUGAAGGCUAUGACCAACUUCAUGGAGAACUGCUUCACCAAGAGCAUCAUGUCGGGCGUUAUGGGUUUCGGCAUGGGUGGACUGUUCGGCAUGUUCAUGGCAUCUAUGUCCUACGACACCCCCUUCCACACGGCGACGACGGCGGGCCAGACGACGGUGACGCCGAUCGCGGACCUGCCGCUGCGGCAGCAGCUCAAGGUGGGCUUCAAGGACAUGGGCGUUCGGUCGUACGGCAUGGCCAAGAACUUUGGCAAGGUGGGCGCGCUGUUCGCGGGCAUCGAGUGCGGCAUCGAGGGCCUGCGGGCCAAGAACGACCUCGGCAACGGCGUCGCGGCGGGGUGUCUGACGGGCGGCAUCCUGGCCAAGAACGCGGGGCCGCAGGCCGCGCUCGGCGGGUGUGUCGCCUUCGCGGCGUUCAGCGCGGCGAUCGACGCGUACAUGCGGCAGCCCAAGGACGAGUAGGCGGGGGGAGACCGUUUCUUCGGAUGCGCGCGCGUCCUCUCUCUCUCUCUCUUUCUCCCUCUUCCUCAGCUCCACUUGCUCCGGUGUCUCGAUCGAAGGAAAGGUGGGGGGCUUGGAUCCCCCCUUUCAUGGACGGACGAGGGCGAGGCGAGGACGGAUGGGAUUUAUUUUUGCUCUUGUCCAGGCCGAGAGCCUUGUUCCUCUCAUGCGGAAAGAGUCACGUCUGUACAUGUACCAACAAAGAAAAGGAGGUGUGAUUGUUUAGCAUUGGCACGGCGUUAUGGGAAGGACUCUCCCCCCCCCCUCAAAUAACCCAUACAACCCAUCAUUCUGCGGUUAUUUUCUUCAAAGGGGCGGAGAAGCAGGCCCCGUGGGGAUUCGGAUAUAGAUCAAAACUCUCUCCACUUUGACUUAUAGAGGGGGGGGCGGGUGUUUUGCGUGUAUGUGUGACAGAGGGAGGAAAAGCUUUCGAUCCACACGCGAUGGCUGCACACUCACCAAAAGCACGGUCGACCGCGGCGUCACAUCAGCUUCAGUCGCCGGAUAGAGGUCGGCCAGGAAUAUAUAGAAUUGUAAUAUAGGCGGACCAUCCUAAGACACUUGUACACUAUCGGCCAUUCGGUUGGAAUCAACCCUCCCCCCCCCCCCCCCCCCCUUC